AUGAAAGUAAUCUUGUCUGUCCUGAUAGCUGGCUCUCUGCCUGUCGUCCGCGCUACUUUCUCAAUUGCAAAGUGUUGUACACUUGCCGUCCGCCAGGACUUCCAUGCUUACAUCGCCGACUUUUAUCCCUGGGAGGUCUGCAGCUUCAAUACCGAAAUCGACUAUGGCAAUAAUCAAACACUACCUUCGAUUGUCCGAAGCAUGGCGUGGGCCAAGGAAUACUGCCGAGGGGCCGAGUAUAGCUCACUCAAACAAUGGCUGCUGCCCCUGUCGACAUACAUAUCUCCAUACAUCGGCGUCCUUCUCAUAUGUCCUGUUGGUGAUGUUGCAGUCCACGUCUUAGAGGGCAGAGUCUGGAAGCCUCUCAACAGCGUCUUCAACGGCCUGGCAAAGUAUAUCCAAGAGUACGUGAGCAUUCUUGGAGAUCCAGGCAGCGCCAUGUUUGGUGCUCUGAACGAGAUCUGGUCUGAUGCAUGGGCUUUGAGCAACUUGAAGCUUGACAAGGUCACCAAAACUCUAGGGAUUCCCUCGGAAGAGCCGACCGAGGCUCUGCUAUCUGACACAAGUGCAAUGUGGAUCGCGGUUCUCGCAGGAGAUAUCGAGUUCACUAGAAAGACACGAUGGUAUGGCAGAGGAGGAUCCCAGUCUACUGAUGUCCUUGGGUAUAAAAACAUUGCCAAAUCCGAGGCUCAGCUUGGUGGCGAGACGUCUCUCCUAAAUAUCUCGCCGGGUGAAAAGGACCAGCAAGCUUCCGCCUCAGAGAACCCUCUCAAAGAUGCAUCACAGGAUGAAGACAAGAUCAACAAGGCAAUCGAGAUGGUGAUCAUAGCGCGUAAAGGGUUUGUCAGCGGAAUUCUUAUUCCUGUGCUCCUGCUUCUUGCCGUCACAGCUGCAACAUUCUAUGAUGCCUAUUCGAAGAUGGGAGACAAGGACACAGGUCUGGCAUUAGCAUACUGUGUCUGGUUCUCAUGGGUCCUGGUGCUCGGUGUUGCUGGUAACUGCUAUGCCAGCGCGAUCAACCCCGGUCUUGCAGAACGAGCGUUUUCGACGGUGCUGAACUUCGGCGGCGCGCCCUUCGCCACGUCGCUACGGCACAGAUAUGUGAACAAUCAUUACUGGGAAGAAUGGGCGAAUUCAAAGCAUCCUGAUGCCGGAGAGUUCGCGUCAGCAGCUAGAGAAUUACUGUCGAAGUGGACUUUCUGGUUGCGUUUCUGUGCCGGACAGCUGCUCGGCUUCUGCGUCGUCGCAUUUUCAUCGGCGUGUGCGGUCGCCAUCGCGUGGACUACCCCGACUGUGGGUCUAGGAUGUCGAUCCUUUAACUUCAUUCUGUAUGUAGUCUUUGCCUUCGUCAAUGCAUACCUGCACGUGCUGUGCUCGUGGCUUACGGUCCGUGAAGACGGGAAGGAGAGCAAAUCGAUUAGAGAAGGUCAAGCAUCCUCUGCAAUUUCUUUCUCCCAAAAGCUCUCGGCCUUAGUCGUCGUCCGGGGGAUAUAUUGGUUCUUCGUCUUCGUUAACUCCCUGGUCAUGGUUCUCGGUACAAUCUUCCACCUUGUUGGUGUGUUCCGGACCUGUUGGUGCGAGCGCUUGACGUGGGUGGAUUCGACUCUGAUAGAGCUCAACAGCAAGACUCCACAGGCUGUAGACAACGCACGCAGAUACUGGCUGUCAACUGCAUAUGUGGCCUUCGGUAUCGUCUGGCUGAUGUGUCUCACUGCUAUUGCUUUUCGUAGAUAUAUUGUGCAGAAGAUGGAAGAUUGGCUGGAGGCUCGUGAGGCCGAGGGGGUUCCAACAGAGGAUCCUAGGUUAGACUAG